GCGGAAGCAGACGCGGAGCCCUGGCCAAUAGGUGAGAGCGCUCCUCUCCCGGGGAUUGCAGCGGACCAAUCGCAAUCCUGGCGAGUCAGGAGGCGGAGCCACGCCAACCGUCCGUUCUCCCGCCACUUGAUACGCAGUCGCUAUUGUGAGGUGAAGUCGAGCAGGGAAUUGAAUUCAGGACCUUGAGCUUGCCAGUGCAUGUCAACUAGCCCUUGGCGUGGAGUGAUAACUUGUAUGGGUUCCCCCUUACUUGGGCAUCAUGCAGAGAAUUUCACGUCUGAAAAAAGAGCUGCAGAUGUUAGCCACAGAACCACCUCCAGGCAUUACAUGCUGGCAUGAAAAGGACCGGAUAGAUGACCUGCGAGCUCAAAUAUUAGGUGGAGCCAACACACCUUAUGAGAAAGGUGUUUUCAAGCUUGAAGUUAUCAUUCCUGAGAGGUACCCAUUUGAACCUCCACAGAUCCGAUUUCUGACUCCAAUCUAUCAUCCAAACAUUGAUUCUGCUGGAAGGAUUUGUCUAGAUGUUCUCAAAUUGCCACCAAAAGGUGCCUGGAGACCAGCCCUCAACAUCGCAGCCGUGUUGACCUCUAUUCAGCUGCUCAUGGCAGAACCCAACCCCGAUGACCCCCUGAUGGCUGACAUUUCCUCAGAAUUUAAAUAUAAUAAGCCAGUCUUCCUCAAGAAUGCCAGGCAGUGGACAGAGAAGCAUGCAAGACAAAAACAGAAGGCUGAUGAGGAAGAAGUGCUUGAUAAUUUACCAGAGGCCAGUAACUGAAAUAGACAACUCAACACAAAAAAGGAAGGCUGGGCAGCUAGGAGGCGUAGAAAAGAAAUUUUGCCCUGAUGUUCAAGGAGUUUGUUCUGAUCCAUCUUAGUUAAUUCAUUCUUUACAAGGUCGUCUAAUUUGCUUACCUUUCUUGAAUGUUUUUCUUUGUUUUCGGUGACAUUAUAAUUGUUGUAUCCUAUAAAGGACUCUGUAUAUUUAUGUAUUCUGCUCUACAGUGAGUCUGAGUGUAGUUUGUUUUAUUUACUUGGUACAUAUGUAUUUUGAAACCUUUUAAACCUGAAGAGUAAAUAAUCAUUUAAUGAUGAGUAUGUGUUUAUCCUAGAUGUGUGUCUGGGACUGAACUGGCCAGAGUGCUAUAUACUCAGCUUGAUAAAAUA